AUGCGCCAGAAAGAUCCAGUGAUCGCAGACAUGUUCGGCAACUGCUUGCCGAACACAUUGGACACUACCGUUCUGUUUCACGGUGUGGAUCAUGAGGGCUUGCCUGACACAUUCAUCAUCACAGGAGAUAUUCAUGCUAUGUGGCUUCGAGAUUCGACGAACCAGGUGUUGCCUUACAUCCGCUUUGUUGACAAAGACCCUGCACUCGAUGUGAUGUUACAAGGCUUGGUGCGUCGGCACACGAAGUCCGUACUCCUUGAUAGCUUCGCGAAUGCAUUCAACUUUAACGGCUCCAAACCUUCGCCCUGGGCUAGUGACAUCAGGUACCCCAACAUGACAAAUGCAGUCUAUGAAGGCAAGUACGAGAUGGACUCCCUGGCAGCGUUUCUGAAGCUUUCAAGGUCCUAUUGGCAGCAUUCUAACAACUCCUCGAUCUUUGACGAGAGGUGGCAGAGGGCUGUCAAGAAGGUGGUUUCAACGAUACAAGUCAUGCAAAGAGGCAUCGACGAGUACGCGAGCAAUCCGCCUUACAAGUUUCAGAGAGACACCUACGCCCCAACUGACACGCUGAUCCUAGAGGGCCUUGGCCCUCCAGGUGCCUCCUGUGGCUUGAGCCGCUCACCGUUUCGGCCCUCCGACGAUGCCACUCUGCUUCCCUUUCUGGUGCCAGCAAAUGCCAUGGCCGCGGUGGAGCUGAAGCACGUCGGGUUGAUGUGUCGCGAGAUCGGUUGCGAAGACACCCUGACCGGUUCGUUGGGAUCCUUGGCCGAGGAGUUGUCCAGCGCGGUGCACUUGCACGCCUCGUCGGCACAGGGCUUCGCAUAUGAGGUUGACUGUUACGGAAACAGCGUGUACAUGGAUGAUGCGAACGUACCUUCACUGCUCUCCUUGCCAUAUCUGGGCUUCGUGGAUCCAACGGACCCGCAAUACCUAGUCACGCGCCAGAGGGUGCUUUCUGGCAAGAAUCCCUAUUUCUUCAGCGGCUCGGCGGGUGAGGGCGUGGGAGGGCCCCACGUAGGGUAUGGCUACAUUUGGCCCAUGUCCAUCGCCAUGAGAGCGCUGACCUCAACGACAGAACUGGAGGUGGAGUGGUGUUUAGACAUGCUGAAGGCUACGACAAACUCUACAGGAUUCAUGCACGAGUCUUUCUGGAAGGACGACGCAGGCAAGUUCACACGGCCCUGGUUUGCAUGGGCCAACAGCUUGUUUGGAGAACUGAUCUUGAUGGUGGCGGAUCGAUUCCCCGGCUUGAUUUUUAACGCCGAGGUGUUGUCGUAA